CAACAAACCAACGGCGUGCCGCAGAUAAAAAUGCCUCCGAGUCUCCUAAAGGCAUUGGAUACCACACUGGCUCUAUCAGAGCAGUUUAGUUUAAAUCUUUCCUCUCCAAAUGCCUCUGAAUCCGCAGCUUGCAAUGCAAGCUGCUCCGACCCCCAGACUUCCCCGCUACCCCUCCUCUCCGCUGCCUCUCAUACCCUCAAAGCGCAGACAACGAAGCUGUCGCUACUCGCCAUUAAUGCACCAUUCACCCCGUCCGCAAUAGUCACCGUGCUCACAGACGUAAACGACGCUGUCCUUCCCUCCCUUACCACUGCAGCAUUGCUCUCUGUUCCCGAGAAGUACACACAGACCUUCUCCACUGAGGCCAAGGCGCUCGUUAAAGACGCGUUGCGCGAAUUAACUACCUUGAUACAGGGUAUCCGGGCCAUUGCAGUUUCUCAUGACAAGCACAAAGAGUUUACCUUGAGUGGGACGGACAAAAAUGGGAUUACCGCUGCAACGGCAAGGGUUUGGGAGGUAUGCGAUCAUAUCAUCAACUUUGCGUCGGAAGGUGUGGUUGGCCUGGUGGUCCGGAAAGCAAAGGAAUAUUUGGAAUUAGUCAAGGAUGGGAUACGUGAAUUGAAGGAAUGGGACCCGGAGGAGGAUUUGGAUGGCGACGAUGGUUUUUGGGUAGAGGAUUUUGGAGAUGAAGCACAUGGUGAGGCUAACGGUGGCGUGCUCGGGAAAGGCAAAGCCGCCAAGAGUGGUGAUGAGGAGGAGGAGCAUAUGGAGGAUGAAGAUAAAGACGAAAACGACGAAAACCAGCGCGCUAAACUUGAAGACGAAAAGAAAUGUCUUCUUCGUCUGCUCACGCUUGUUUCACAGCUAUACACCGCGAUCAUAUCGUACCGUUUGAAGAAUUUGGAUGAAAAGGCUAUCUUACCGAAAUUUUCUCCAAAGCUUGAUUCGGUUGCUUCUUGCCUGCAGGAUCUGCCCAAUCUCGUGGAUGAAGCGGCCGGGUCGCUGUACGAACACAACCUCGAAUUCUCUGAUGCAUAUAGUCUUAGGUUACGGGAUCGAGCGUCCGAAGCUGUGGAUUUGCUAUGCGAGCCAUGGGUCCUUGGUGCAACGCUAGAACAGGGAGACCUAAGUCGAAGAGAAGACAAAUUUUCAAAGUGGGCAACUGUCUGGAUUAAAGUGGUCGAAGGUCUCGGAAACGACAGACUGCAACCAGAAGGAUAAAUAACUCGCGCGUCAAUGGUUGGUUCUCUGCUACGAAGAGGAGCACAGAUUUGCCAGUUGGCAACAGUUAUGCAUCCGAAACGAACACUGGGUUAAGAAUGUGGAAUUGGCUACGAGUU